AGACUGACGCUGCCAAUGCAGGAGCACAGCGAGAAGAGACAGCCAAGGUGCUGUCAGCUCCAACCCACAGCUCCAGCUCUAGGCCCCAGCAGACGUUCUCCUUGGGACCUUCGCACCCUCAGCCAGCCCAGGGGAGAAGGGAAAAGCGCAGGCAGAGGCAGCUCAGGAGGCCCGUCAGACCCGCGCACCAUGUUCUACAUGCAUUUGCUCGUGAACAGGCGUGGGCCGUUGGCCAAGAUCUGGCUCGCUGCCCACUGGGAGAAGAAGCUCACCAAGGCUCAUAUCUUUGAGUGCAAUUUAGAGACUACCAUUAAAAAGAUCAUUUCGCCAAAGUUUACAGUAGCUCUGCGCACCUCUGGACACUUACUCUUGGGAGUUGUGCGGAUCUAUCACAGGAAAACAAAAUACCUCUUGGCAGACUGCAGCGAAGCUCUGACAAAAAUGAAGACAGCCUUUCGCCCAGGACUUGUUGACCUUCCAGAAGAGAGCUGUGAGGCUGCUUAUCAGUCCAUUACAUUACCUGAAGAAUUUCAUGAUUUUGAAACAACGCUACCUGAUUUAAAUGCCAUUGAUGUUGCUGAGCAUUUUACCUUGAAUCAGAGCAGAGCUGAAGACAUCACACUUAAAGAGGAUUAUGAAAGCAAUGUACUUCUCUGUGAUAGGAACUUUGAUGAGGAUCCAGACACACUGAGAAAACAGAGCUACUUCGAUGUCAGCGUUCUAAUGAGCAGCAACAACCCCGUGGCUGACCACAGCUCUGCGAGUGUGAGUGGAGACAAGGCUGCCCUGCAGGAGGACUCGUACUGCUUCGAGCAGGACUGCUUCGGAGAUGAGGAGGCUGGCGCAGACAUGAUUGAAAUCCUGCUGAGGGAUGAGCAGAAUGGCCUAAUUAACGAUGUUCUUGAUAUGGAGGAAGAACUUCCUUUGUCACAAGAUCUGCGAGAGAACAGCACAGCCGCCGAGUCCAACCAUGCAGACACUGCAGUUAAGACAGAAAAUCAUCUCAUGAAUGAAACAAUACUUUUGCCUAAAGAAGAGGAAGGAUUUGUGCUUGAGCCAGUUGAUGACACAGCUUUCAACCAGAGGAAAAGCAAUAAAAGGAAGAGGAAGCUGCUUGUGGAUGUGGAGAAGCAGCUCAGCUGCAAUGCCAUAUACCGUCAGCUUAACAGCAGUGUGGGCACCCUUGUUACGUUAGACCUCGCGCCUCCGACCAAACAAACAAUGGUGUGGAAAGAAUCAGGAGGAGUGGAAAAACUCCUGCCCCAGCCUGCACAGCUUUUGUUUCAUGCUGAGCUACAAACGAUCUUUGCAAAAUACUUCAAGAGCAGUGGAUUUGAGAUGGGGAGAAACGUAACACAGAUGGAAUCUGAGAUGGAAAAAACAAGGAAAGAGGAACACGCCACAGAGACACUGCUAACAGAUGAAUCAAGUUACCUGCAGGAGCUGGAUCCCUCAGAAGCUGAGAGAAAAAUGGGCGAUGAUUUGUUUGUACUGACAGCACGGAAUGGCAGAAAUGAAACCGUUAACGGCUUUGGUGAAACCCUACAGGAUGAAGCAGCUUUCUCUGAGAGCUCCACGCUGGUGAAUAAUGCAACAGGCCAAGAAGCUCCAGUGCAGCAAGCUGAGAUAACAGAUGAGCUAGAACUGAAAAAUAAAGACAGUGAAGAAAUGAAGUGGAGCAAAAGAACUCUUCAGUUAUUAAAAACGUUACAGCACCUGAACAAAUCCGGCGUGAGUUCCUUCAGCUUACGGGAGCUCUGCCGGAAGAACAACCGAAAAGAAGCCGCGGUGAAGUUCUACAUCUUCCUUGUUCUGCAGAAGCAGCUGGUGCUUGAGCUCGUGCAGCGCGCCCCGUUCGCAGACAUCACAGCCGCUGCCGGCCGAAGGUUCAGUGCUUGCUGAAAUCACACAGCAGUCAGAUAAGCUAAGAAAAAUACCGUUCUGGUUUGGGUUUUUUUUUUUCCCCUGCAAAAAGUGGAACUCUCGUCAAACCACGGCGAACUGAGCAGAGCUCUCUUUCAUUUCUGUCACCUCUCAGAACUAGCUGGUGCCAGUGCGUGGCUGCAGCGCUGGUUAGCGAGGCGUUCACUGGUGUGUUUGGUUUCAGUAUGUGUAUGUUUAUAAAAUGAGCUGUUACUCACUCUGUUGGUAAUAGAUAGCUAAAAUACAUGCUCCCCCUAAGACGCUUACAGCACAAGGGAUGUUAUGAAAGUUCCUUAAAGCCUUUCUUAAAGUCCAGCAUUGGAAAUUAGGUUAUUUUCAGCUUGUCUGUGUUAAUUAGGUAACACGCUCAGUAAGAGAAAAGGAGUCCUUUAAGCUAUCUUUGUCAAAGACUUGAGUCUAUUCCAAAUUAUUUCAAAGAAGGUUCAGUAUUUGAUGUGUUAAGGUCCAGUAGGUGAGUGUCUGCAGCAUCGCCAUCGUGUGUUGAGACAGAGACUUCUGCUGUCCUUGAGGUCAGGAGGAAAUCCUGCUUCCUAGAACCCCCGCAGCAUUCCAUUUGGUGGGGCGUGUUUGCACGAAGACGAGCAGCUUUACUCCUGCGUAGGCCAAUUUAAAAAUGGAUGUUCGGCUGGAAACGUUAGCGAUCCUUUGUGGUUUUUAUCUAAGUUAGGAGAAGCUUUAACACCCGCUCUGGCGUUUUGUAACGUUAGUCCUUUCCAUGUGCUGAGAGCAGACGCGCCGAGGCAGCGCAGCGUGGAGUGGCCGUGUGUGUGUGGUGCUCCAAACAAAGCACCCCAGUGCUCUGGGGACGUUGAUGCCUCUUUAUACGAAAUCAAUAAAAGUCCAACAAAGA